AGGCAACCUCCCGGCCGCAAUUGUGGGUUCGUUUGCGUGCGUGUCAGCCAGCUGGGCGUCGAUGACCAGCGAGCGUGUGGGGCUGGGGCUGUGCCUGCAACCCUACUCUGUUGCUCAUAUCCGCUUCUGCGAGCCCCGCUGUUUGCCCCAGAGCUCCCUCGUCGGACCAACCACUCUCGUUGCUUGUUUCAACACCGAAUACUUGAAACUGUUCAACAGAGAUCCUCUGCAGGGGACUCAACGGAGAGGAAACGGGUCACGGCGGUGUACGCCUAGCGUCCGUCCUUCGCACGGUUGCACUUUCCGCAUGCACUGUCUCCGCAGUUUCUGCAUGCGAUACACCAGAAGCACACCUUCCAUGCACCGUUCACACGUUGCAACGCAGCAUUGAUUCAUCACGAGGCAUACAUUACACACAAUGGGCCUUGGACAGUCAGAGCUUUGCCAAAGCAUUCGCGGUAACUGGCGGAUGAUGAGUGAGCGCGCUUGGCCUCAACCCACAGAUGGUUAGCAGAAGUCAACAUGUCGAGCGUCAAGCCUGCAGGCAUCCCGCAUCAACAGUCAACGCGUUGAAAGGAAAAGAAGAGUUUCCUGGAAAAAGGCACCCGGCACAUCCUAUCUCAUG